AUGGAUGCUCAAGGCGAGUUCUGCAUUAUUCUCAGCAAUGAGAAACCGAAUAGAAUUUGGAGUAAGGAAGGAGAAUGGGAAUGCGAUGUAGACUAUGGCACAAAUCAUGGAUUCGGGCAAUGCAAAUUGGAAUUGAUGAAAUGUUUUAAUAAGGGUAGCAAGACCAUGAAGUUUUUCUUAUGCCCCAAGGAACAAGCACCAUGGAAACUUUGGGGAGCCUAUGAAAUGAGUGAAGUGAGAUUCGACAAAUCGUCUAAUGUCGCAAAAAACCACUGCCCGGAAAUACGGUAUUUCAAAGAUGUGCACCUUGGAUGGAUAAAAAUGAAAUGGAAAGAUUGUAGGCAUUUCACUGAUCGGGUCGGUAUGUGGGUGAUGAAAUUGGAUGAGCCAGAGAAUGUGCCUGGAGAGCAUCUUAAAUGCCAUUGGGUUGUAACCGACACUGAGUCACUUGAUGAUAACGGGUGGAUAACUGAAGAGGAAGAGGUAGAGGAAGAAGAAGAGGAAGAUGAUGUGGAAAGUGAUUCAGAAGGUUACUACUCAACUGCUUCGAGCCAAUUUUCACGAGCAUCAUCACCCGAAGUUUUACGACCACCAUCGCCUUUAUUAGAUCUUGGCUUGAGUGAUGAAAUUCAUGACCUACCUCAAUACAGACCGGUUUCUCACUCGACGGAUACUGCACCAUUAAUUAUUCCUUUAUUAUCAACCACUCCAGCUAUCAUGCCUUCAGCUGUGCAAGAUGAAGAACGGAUUCAUACCAAUGUUGCCGGAAUAAUCUUCAAAACUUCUAAUAAGAAGUUAUCCAAUACUGACUAUGAUGUUUCUAAUGGUCGUUAUGAAUUGGAUGUGGAUGACUACACUUAUUAUAUAUUCACACGGUUUGCUGUGAUAAAACUCGACUGCCCUGAGUUUGCUCAGUACAGGGUUGACGGAAUGAUUGUCUAUUGUGAUAUUUCGUUGGACAGAGACCGAAACAUAUUCAUUGUUACUCAAUUCCAUUCCGCUACUAGUUUCACAGAGGGAGAAGCAAGUAUGGAUCAAGAUGUUUAUGUGGAAGAAUCUCCAACAGGAUCGUUAAUUGCUUAUUGUUACCUAGACUUGGAGAGUGAGGCAGUCUGUGAAAGUCUGAACGGCGACUUUCGCCAAUAUGAGCAUCCGAUUCUCGGAAUUGUUGAGGUUUUGGAUGAUAUUUAUUUGUACCCUGAUAUGCACUCAGGAAGGCUCGUUUUGGAAAACGAUGAACCAGAGAAGCUGAUUCAAGGAAUCAGAUACUGGUGUUGUCAAGAGGAUCUACUAGGAGACGGUGUAUUCCGGGAACGUGCUUUAUCGGAAAGCUCACGUUCACGUGGAGAAACUACAACCGAUGAAGACGAUUCGGAAGAUGAAGAGGACCUAGAGCGAAACAGGCGUCUUGAACAACGUCGUGCUGAAACAACUGAUCAAGAAAAGUUGGAAAAUGGCAGUGAUCCGGAGAAAAACCAUGACAAUGAUCAACUUUUAGAGCACUACCUUGACCACAAAUUAAAAAUGGCACGACGUUACAUUUAUGACGACAUAAUGACCUUUGGAAUAAUUGUUGCUCUCCAAGGCGACAAUGAGAAUGGCCUCUUUGGUAAAGUGAUGACAACGAAAGGCCCAAAUUUUGUAAACGGUUUGAAGCUCGAAGAAGAAAGUCCCACUUACGAAGUGGGUGACUGGAUCAAAAUAAAAACCAAGAAAAACUGUCAUGAAGUAUUAGAGAUAACUGGCUUUGCGCGUUCUUUUUGGGUAUCAACCACAACAAUGGAUAACGGUUUAACGAUAAGAGGUGAUAUUCACAUCGCGGCAUACACGUUGUGUAAAAAGGAAAACGAGUACACUUACUAUAAAGACAGGGACGUUGGUAGAAUUCCAAUAGAAAAUAAAUAUUUGGAAGGAGAUGUUGAAAGCGUGCACAUUGAACUAAAAUAUAGAACUGAACCAAAACCGAGCUAUGGUAAGAACGUCAGUUACUGGGACGUCAUAAGAAUUUUUGGUAAUACUAUGCGUGAUAGAGGUGCUGAGGAAGAAAAGAGGUUCAACAACCCAUGGUUGACAGAACUUGAUGAAAGUGAUUCCGUGUCAAAAGAGCAUCUGGCAAUUGCGAUGCAACAUUUCGAAAACAACAAAAUUCUUGUUUGGAUCCGAGAAAUGAAAGUUGCUGCUAUUUUAGAUCGAAACAUGGCAAGAGGGGAAGAAAUUUUACUCGGAUGCAUUUUCAUUUGCACUUUGGAUGAGGCCACUAAGACUAAAAGUUUCAAUAUGAUCAAUGGAAUUUAUUUUGAAGUUGCUACAAUCGUUGAGAUGCUAGACCUCAGAGCCAAUACUCGUCCUAUCAGCGAUCAUGAGGUGGAAAUACUUCUAACAGUGGAUUCAAAUAAUAUUCAUGAAAUGAGAGACAUUACAAUUGGAUAUUCUAACUCAAAAGAUGUGAUCUGUUUCACUCCUGAAUCUGCCAAUCAUUUUCUCAAUAACUCGCGUGAAAACCCAAAAAAGGAAGUGUGGUGCAGGUUGAAACCACAAAGAAUGGCUAGACAAUUUGUUGUUGAAGAUAUUCAAAACUUGUACACAAGACAGAUAUACGUCUGUCAGGUGUGGACAAUUGUUGAUCCCUAUGCAUAG